UUAACCUGUUUCAAUUAAUUUGAACAUACAGUAAUUUCAUGGGUCAGCACCUUGAUAACACGCGGCUUGUGUUCUAUUCAUUAAAACCAUUUGUUACCAUGUCUCUUAUGAGCUAUUUUAUUUACAGGAAAACACACUGACUGACAACCCAGUGUGCAGCACAGACAAUUAUUUGAAUACCUCACAGAAUGUCCUCAUUCUUAAAUCACUGGUUUUGUUUUACAAAAGGGACUUCUGUAGCACUUCUGCCCCGACAACAAUGCCUUGAAAAUUCCAGAAACAAUACAACACACAACAUGCAAAAUAAGAGGAUGACCACAAAGGAGAUGGGGCCACAUAGGGACAACUGUUGUCAUUAUGACAUGCCUCAUUUCCAUAUCUCGCUCUGUGUGCAAAAGGCUCCCUGUAAACUCUAAUGUCCUCAAGGGACAAUGAUUUGACUAUCAUGUUACAAUAAGAGCUACCUUCUCUCUCUCUUGCACUGGAGAGAAAGGCACUCUGUAAACUGUACCUCUCCGCAGAAGAGACGGACUGCACGCUGAGGACUGGAUUCUGGGGUGGUCUUCUCAAAGGACCCAAUCAGCUUUGCACAGAUUCUGGAGCCCCAUUCCCCCUCUGUGCCGGUCUGCGCAGUGCAGGAGAAUGGAGGUCAUGUUGAGGAUGCUGUUCCUGCCCUCUGUCCUCUGGACCAGCCCCACUGCGGACCCUCUUCACUGGUUGAAGAAUAUUUCCACAGACCUGUUCAGAUCGCCGGGGGACAUUAUCCUCGGGGGACUGUUUCCCAUCCACGAACUGACCAGCAACCUGAGUGAGAGGAGCCAGCCUGACGAUGUGUACUGUGACAGGUUAAACACAUACGGUCUGAGCCGGGCGCUGGUGAUGAAGUUUGCCGUGGAUGAGAUCAACAACACUCCUGACCUGCUCCCAGGCACCAGGCUAGGGUUUGAGGUGUAUGACUCGUGCAAGCAGGCGUCGGUAAUCAUGCGGCCAACCAUGCUGUUCCUCAGCGAAAAGCACUCCAGGGGGAUCCGCGUGCUGUGCAACUACACCGGCUACAGCACACGCGUGCUGGCCGUCAUCGGGCCCUCGACCUCCGAAAUGGUCUCCAUUACCGGCAAACUCUUCAGCUUCUUCCUGAUGCCGCAGAUCAGUUACGGAGCCACGAGUGAGAAAUUCAGCGACAAGAUGCUCUUCCCCUCGUUCCUGCGCACCGUGCCCAGCGACAAGCUGCAGGCCGAGGCCAUGGUGCACCUGGUGCUGGAGUUCGGCUGGAACUGGAUAGCGGUGGUGGGCAGCGAGGACGAAUACGGCAAACAGGGCGUUCUGCAGUUCUCCAUGCUGGCCGCCCAGCAGGCCAUCUGCAUCGCCUAUGAGGCCCUGAUUCCCAUCUACAGUGACCCCCGGGAGGCUGUGGACGACAUCCUGAAUCGCAUCAACCAGACCAAAGCAGGCGUGGUGGUGCUCUUUACUCUGACCGUAGCAACCAAGGCACUGUUUUCUCAGGUGAUCCAAAAGAAGAUGAAAGCUGUAUGGAUUGGCAGCACUGCGUGGGCUCUAAGCGAAGACAUAACCACCAUACCUGGCAUCCAAACAGUGGGCACGUUGUUGGUCUUCAGCAACAAGAACACCCAGCUGAGUCACUUCGAGAUCUACGCCCAGCAGCUCUUCACCCUUCUGGAGCAGGAAAGGCUGCAGGCGAAUUCCCUGGACCCCCCGACCUCCCCCAGUGCGACAGAGACCGAAUUCCCCCUCCCAGAGCCCUGUCCGGACUGCUGGAACCUUUCCCAGGCCAACAUGACCAUGAUCAGGGAGCCCCAGCUGCAGCGCACCGCCUUCAGUGUGUACUCCUCUGUCUACAGCGUGGCCCAUGCCCUGCACCAGCUGCUCGGCUGCAGCGCCACGCUCUGCCGCAGGAAGGAUGCAGAGUUCUUUUCCUGGCAGGUGCUGGAGGUGCUGAAGAAAGUGUCCUUCACCAUCAACAACACAAAGGUCACGUUUGAUGUCAAUGGGAACCCCAGUAUUGGGUAUGAGGUCUUGACGUGGCGCUGGGAUAGAGAUGUGUUGCGCUUCCAGAACAUCGGCACCUAUGAGGGCAAGCUGGUGUUGAACAGGAGCCUGAUCCACUGGCACACAGAAAAUUCACAGGUCCCCAACUCCACCUGCUCCCCAAACUGCACAGCCGGACAGGUACGCAGGGUGAAGGGCUUCCACUCCUGCUGCUUCGACUGCAUCGACUGCAAGGAGGGCACCUUCCAGAACAACACCGAGGACUUCCAAUGCACGGACUGCCCUGACCGCCAGUGGUCUACCCUGAGGAGCACCAGGUGCACAGACCCCACCUAUCACUACCUGAAAUGGAAUCAGUACGAGUCCCUAGGGCUGAUACUGGGAGCGGUGCUCGUCCUGGCGGGCCAGGCGGCAGUGGGCGUGCUGUUCCUGCGACACCGGGGGACCCCCCUGGUGCAGGCUUCGGGGGGACCUCUCUGCGGGGUGGCCCUGCUCAGCUUGACAGGAGGCUGCGCCAGCCUGUCCCUGUUCCUGGGCAAGCCGGGUGAUGCAGUGUGCCGCCUGCAGCAGCCCUUCAAUGCUUUCUUCCCUGCUGUGGCUCUUUCUAUCAUCCUAGCCAUCUCACUACAGGUGAUCUAUGUGACAGAGUUUCCGGGGGUGACCCCUUCUCGGCUGGACUCUUUGCGUGGGCCGGGCAGUUGGAUGGUGGUCCUGACGCUGUGCAGUGUGCAGGCAGGGCUGUGCGGCUGGUUUGUGCAGGAGGGGAGGCCUCUGAGCGAGUACGUGUCCAGGAUGAGGAUAACUUUCGUGGAGACCUUCCUGCGCUGCGAAGUGGAGCCCAUGGUGGGCUUCGGCCUGAUGUACGGCUUCAACGGCCUGCUAGCUCUCAUCUCCUUCAUGUGCACCUUCAUGGCCCAGAAGCCCGCCAAGCAGUACAACCUGGCCCGGGACAUCACUUUCUCAACCCUGGCCUACUGUGUGGUGUGGGUGGUCUUCAUCCCUAUCUACACGGGCCUGGGGGAGAUGAACAAAUCUCUGGCCCAGAUGGCUGCAAUCCUGCUCAGUAAUCUGGGUCUGGUGGCAGCUUAUUUUUUCCCAAAAUGCCACUUGCUGCUGACUCACCCUGAACUCAAUACCGUGGACUACUUCCGCACCUACCUUGAAGGUGCCCCCCCACCCCAGGACGGCCAGGAGCAGUAGAUCUCCUCACACCACUUGAACUGGUCCUUUCUGCUGUCACUCCUGGGUAAACAGCACUGACAUUGCAUAUCAUUGUCCU